UUGCUUUCUCUCUCUCUCUAUCUGUUCCAAAAGCCUUAAACUUGACAAGUACACACAACUGCGUUUUGCCAUCUCUCUCUCUCUCUCCGUGGGAUCCAAAAGCACUUUUACUCUUGCAAUUUCCCCUUCCAACCCGCAAUCAAUCUGCCACUUCCUUUCUUUACUUUUCAGCCCCAAAAACAAAACCACUUCCAGAAUUCUCUGAAAAAACCAAACCUUUCCUCUUCAUAGUUUUUAUAUAUAAAUAUAUAUAUAUAUAUAUAUAUCUUCAACACGUUAGGGAGUAUCGCUAUCUUUUGAUUCUCCAAAGUUUGCUUUGUGAUCUGUAACCUCUUUGUCUCCAGCCACAUUUUAGUGACUUCCGCCAAACUUCUUGUCCAUUUUAUUAUAUUCCUUUCCUGUCUUCUUCAUUUGAUUCGUUUUCAGUGACAAAGUAAGUACUCGUUGCUUAUUUCAACCACAAAGUUGCUAUUUUUGCCUCAAAACUUUAUCUGGACGUUAUAGUUCCAGUUCAAUCUUAUUGAAGUGAUUUGAGCUUCUGGGUUAUUGGAAUUUUGGUUGUUGAUCUGGGUUUUGAGUGUGAAGUCAAGGCCUUAGAUGCACCUAUUAGAUUAUUGCUUUGAAGGGAUUUAAUGCUUUAUUGCUAAGAUGCAGCCUGAUCAGAGAAGAAAGUCAGCAGUGGAUGUAGACUUUUUCACAGAAUAUGGUGAGGGGAGCAGGUACAGAAUUGAGGAAGUAAUUGGUAAAGGAAGCUAUGGCGUUGUUUGCUCUGCAUAUGAUACACAUACUGGAGAAAAGGUAGCAAUCAAGAAAAUAAAUGACAUUUUUGAACAUGUCUCUGAUGCCACUCGUAUCCUUCGUGAGAUUAAACUUCUUAGACUCCUGCGUCAUCCAGACAUUGUGGAGAUCAAGCACAUCCUGUUACCACCUUCCAGGAGGGAAUUCAAAGAUAUAUAUGUUGUUUUCGAACUCAUGGAAUCUGACUUACACCAGGUUAUUAAAGCAAAUGAUGAUUUGACGCCAGAACAUUAUCAGUUUUUUCUUUAUCAGCUUCUUCGAGGCAUGAAGUACAUACACACAGCAAAUGUCUUUCACCGGGAUCUAAAACCCAAAAAUAUCCUAGCAAAUGCUGACUGCAAACUCAAAAUCUGUGACUUUGGUCUUGCGAGAGUAGCUUUUAAUGAUACACCCACAGCUAUUUUCUGGACGGACUACGUUGCAACACGUUGGUACAGGGCUCCUGAAUUGUGUGGAUCCUUUUUUUCAAAGUAUACACCAGCAAUAGAUAUAUGGAGCAUUGGCUGCAUCUUUGCAGAACUUUUGACUGGAAAACCUCUUUUUCCUGGGAAAAACGUAGUCCAUCAAUUAGAUCUAAUGACUGAUAUGUUGGGAACGCCAUCUGCUGACGCCAUUGCCAGGGUUCGCAAUGAAAAGGCUCGGAGAUACUUAUGCAGCAUGAGAAAGAAGAAGCCCAUUCCUUUCUCCCAUAAGUUCCCAAAUGCAGAUCCACUUGCACUUCGUUUAUUAGAAAGAAUGCUGGCAUUUGAACCCAAGGAUCGACCUACUGCUGAAGAGGCACUUGCUGAUCCAUACUUCAAGGGCUUGGCCAAGGUUGAGAGGGAGCCUUCUGCACAACCAGUUACCAAGAUGGAAUUUGAAUUUGAGAGGCGAAGAAUAACAAAGGAAGAUGUGAGAGAGCUUAUCUACCGAGAGAUUCUGGAGUAUCAUCCAAAGAUGCUGAAAGAACAGUUGGAGGGAUCAGAGCCAACAGGCUUCAUGUAUCCAAGUGCUGUUGACCAUUUUAAGAAGCAAUUUGCUUUUCUCGAGGAGCAUUAUGGAAAAGGUGGAACUGUUGCUCCACUUGAGAGGCAACAUGCAUCAUUACCCAGGGCAUGUGUAUUAUAUUCAGAUAACUCAGUACAGAAUUCAGCAGAGGUUGCAGAUGAUCUUUCUAAGUGUAGUAUCAAAGAAGUUGAGAAGCCACAUAUGGACAGGAAUAGUGGGAUCCCUGUCACUAGGCUACCAAUUCAAGUUCCCCAAAGUAUCCAAGGAGUUGCUGCAAGGCCUGGGAAAGUUGUUGGUUCAGUGUUGCGGUACAACAAUUGUGGGGCAGCAGCAACAGCAGAGGCUCUUGAACAGCGGAGGAUGUCUAGAAAUGCAGCCGGUACAACUCAAUAUACUGCUUCAAACGGCUCAUAUCCAAGAAGAAACCCAAAUUGCAAAAAUGAGAGGUGUGAAGAUGAUGGGGUUGAAAGUUCUAACGGGCUUCAGCCAAAGCCUCCUCAGUAUAUGGUAAGGAAAGUUGCCGCUGCUCAAGGUGGAGCUGGAGGUCACUGGUACUGAACCAUGGUGUUAAUUUUGUGGCUGAUCACUGCCUAUUUCAUUCUAUCCUACCGAGUUUAAGGGUUCAUCAGUCACACCUCAUCCCAGGUUGACCUGCUGUCAAUUAUAAACUCUUCAGAUAUGAUGACAUAAUUCGAUCAGAGUGUGAGCUGGCACAGGUGCUUGGGAAUAUAGCACCUGACAACUUUCGUUGGUGAAGUGAUUGCUACAAGUUGCAAUUUGCAUAAUUAAUUUGAAGUUUAGAAAGGGUUCCUAUGGACUCCUGGCCUUGAUCCCACUCUCUGAUUCAUAACAAAAACCAAGAUAUAUAGCAAGAUGUCAUUAGUCAUGAAUGAGGAAUAGGCUAAGCUAUUGAUUGACUUCCAAG